AGUAACGACAAUAUUAGGCGUCAAAUCGCACAAAAUCAUGUAGCUCUCUACGAUUUGCUUGACAGAGCCUCACCGACGUUAUGUCUGCCGCAGCUAAAGCUCGCGUUCAAGCCCUCUCCGAGCAGUUAGCUAAGCCUAGAGAGCAUCCAGGCUAUUUCGAAGACAUCCCUAAGAUACCGACGAUUGCUGGCGCGUCAAACGGACCCCGCGUGAAGGACAAGGUCAUCAUUAUCACCGGCGCCAACAGCCCUCUUGGAAUCGGACGAGCUUCAGCACAUCUCUUCGCCGCCAAUGGCGCCAAAGCCAUUUUCAUUUGCGAUUAUAGCACCUCGAAUCUGGAAACCCACAAGCGCGAGAUUAACAGUCUGUAUCCCGGUGUCGAGAUCCAAUGUCGGCAGAUGGAUGCUGGCGAGGAAGUGGACGUCAAGCGUGUUGUCGACGAAUGCUUGAGCCUGUAUGGCAGGCUCGACGUCUUCUUCGCAAAUGCCGGCAUCAGCGUCACGAUGAAGCGAGUAAUCGACAGUAACGCGGAUGAUUUCAUGAAGGUGAUGAAGACAAAUGCGUUAAGCGUCUUCCUAGCCGUCAAGCACGGCGCUCGCGGCAUGUUACAGACCAGUGAUUCGAAGCCGUACCCAGGCGGCUCCAUUGUCGGCACAGCGUCUUCAGCAGGUCUCCGCUCCAACGCCGGCGCAACGGACUACUCCGCUUCUAAAGCGGCCGUCGUUUCCAUCAUGCAGACAUCAUGCUACCAACUUGCGGGUACCGGCAUCCGCUGCAACGCCAUUUGUCCCGGCAUCAUUGAGACCGGCAUGACGAGCAAGAUGUACGAAGCGGCUCGAGCGCGCGGCACGGAGCGCAAGAUUGGGCAGCUAAAUCCGCUCAUGAGGGGCGGGGUGGCUGAUGAGGUUGCUAGAGUAGCGCUGUUUUUGGGUAGCGAUGAGGCCAGUUAUGUCAAUGGGCAGGCAUGGGCGGUCUGUGGUGGUCUUACUGCUGGUCAUCCGUACGUGGUUGGGAAGAUGGCGUGAGGUGGUGAUGAUACUUCGAAGGAGCUGAGCUUUGUGUUAUGUACUUAGCUUAUGUACCAAAU